GAAUAAAUAAUUGGGAUGGGCCUCUUCUUCUUUCUGUUCGGCCUUAUUCUCUUUUAUUUGGUAUUGCUUCGUUAUUGUCGCUAUGAAACUUUACUCUCUAUCGGUAGAUCUGGUAUGGAUUCAGAGGCGGCGAAGACGGCGAGGGAAUCCCUGGAUCUGGCGUUUCACAUGUCCAAUAUUCUAGAGACAGGCCUCGAUCGUCACACUCUGUCGGUCCUCAUUGCGCUUUGUGACCUUGGGCUCAACCCGGAGGCACUAGCGGCGGUGGUCAAGGAACUGCGCUCACAACCGCCGUCUCCCUUGCCUUCUGCUCCGCGUUCAUCUAAUUAAGCAGGUUUUAAAGCAAUUAUGAGCUCUCGUAGCACAACUUCUGUAGAGAUACUUGAUAGUUGCUAUCUUUUUCUAUUUUUCCAAUAGUUAUCAUUUCUGCAUCCAUCAAUGAAUAGGAAGUUCCCAGUUUGAAUCGACUUUCAUAGUUUGAGUUUCAGUGGCCCAUUCUAAGGGUUUUUUUUUUAUAUGAAGUCAACUUGAAGAUGGUAUCUAACUCAUCUCCUUGUUGGGUUUUGUUACCAAGUCUGUAAAAAUUAAAGAUGUAUUAUUAUGAGUUCUCAUGUGCAAACAAAAUUUUAAAUUAUGUUAUCAAUACUUGGCUUUUGAUCUUGU